AGCUAGACGACUGCUAGUCUCACGACUAGUCCACUGACUCGAGUCUAGUCCAUCCCAAAUUUUAUUCCUCCGACUCCAUCAUGGCUCCAUCGCCGGUCUCCUAUCGCUCUGGCCGCCAAAUAAAUACACUGGCGCAUCCGAGCAGUCGAAUGCAGAGGAUCCGACCCGGCAAUCCCAACCCUAAGCACAACAGCCAGUCCUCAUGGACCAUCCACCGUUAAUCCCCCAACGGGGCCCGCAAGUGCCUCUACUGCGUCAGAUUCUUAAUGGACUGGGGUGCAUCCUCAUCCUGCCUCUUUACUACUACCUCACCGCCGCCACCCGCCAUCCCCUCACGCUCGAUCUGUUAUUGACCAUCCUGGCCGCGGAGUACAACCGCUUCACCAACGAGCGCCGCCGGCGCAACUUCUACCAGCAUGAUGCGGCCGACCCCGAGAAGCCGCGCGUGCCGGCCGGGCCGGACUGCAUGGCCGCGGUGGUGGGCUACCGCGAGGACCCGGGGCUGUUCGCGCGCGCGCUGAACAGCUACCGGGCGGCGGAGGGCUGUCGGUUCAUGCUGGUGGGCAUCGACGGCGACGAGGCGGCGGACAUGGAGAUGGUGCGCGUGUUCCAGAGCAUCUACCCGGCCGCGCCGACAAUCCACCUGGACGAGCCGUUCGGCGACCUGGCCAUGCGCACGUUCGACAAGCUAGCCACGGCGGACCUGCACUCGUCGCCGGUCGAGACGUACCAGCUGGCGAGCAUCGCGCACUGCUGCGAGCUGGCGCGCACGAUCCUGGCGGACCACGGCAUCGCGCCGGGCCCCGGCGCAUCGGCGCAGCUGUGUCUCUUCCAGCCGCACCAGAGCAAGAAGGCCAUCAUGUUCACCUCGUUCAUCUUCAGUCUGGUGAUCGCCGACGCCUGGGGCCUCGAGUACCUGUGGUCGUCCGACUCGGACACGCUGGUGUCGCCGCUCUCGCUGCGCCGCACCGUCGAGACCAUCGCCGGCGACCCGACCGUCGGCGGCGGCAGCUCCGGCCUGCUGGUGCACAAUGCCGGCGACUCGACUGUUGCUCAGCUGGGCAGCAUCGUCUACUGGUGCGAACUGUACCUCACGCGCUCCGUGGCCACCUCUGCUGGCACCAGCGACUGCCAGAGCGGACCUAGCACCGCGUUCCGUAUUGCCGCGCUGCCAGGCAUAUUGUAUCCCUGGUAUACGCAGACGGUGCUCGGCCAUCGCAUGGUCGUCAACGAAGACCGGCAUCUAACUACUAAUCUCCUCCUCCGCGGCUGGACUGUCACUUAUGUCUCCGACACACUCACCGCUACCGACACCCCCACCAACUUGCGCAAAUGGAUCCUCCAACAGGUCCGAUGGUCCCGAUCAGGCCACAUCGAAUCCCUCCAAUCCCCAAGACUCUACCUCCUCACGAACCCACUAUUCUUCUGGGCCGCCAUAAAACGCGAAGCCGGACCGCUACUCGGCAUGGGCUAUAUCCUAUACUACCUACUAACAGGCGCAAGCCUGGCGUACUUCUCCUGGACGGAUCUGGGCGUGCGGCUCUUGUACACGAUCAUCUACAACGUCUUCCGGAACCCAGAUCGCGGGGUGCGGCGGCUGGUCCUCUGGGUCGGGCUGUUGCCUGCGCUGUUGUUUUAUAAUGUCCCGUUGCCGGUGGUGCAUUUUUGGAGUGCGGUUACGGUUAUGGAGGAUGGGUGGGGGACAGCGAUGCGGUCGCCCGCUGGGAUGUGGAAACGGUGGAAUGAGCUUGGUUUCUUUGUCGUUUGGAUGGGCGUCGUGGCUGGUGUCGCCGCCAGAAUUAUGGCCGGCCAUCUCGGCUACGAGGUGCUGCAGACUGAGAGGGCCGUUUGGGGCGCCGUGCUUGCCGGUUUUGCGGGCACGUUUUACGGCUUGGUCGUCAGGGAGUAA